UUUGCGCCAGUUUCAGUCAAUUUCAGGCGCCGGCAAAUUUUUACAAUUGUCACUCUACAGCGAGCAUUACAACGAACUUCCAUCGUGAUUCCACACCCAUCCACCCACAUACACACACACACACAUACACACACACUAAAAUCGACGAUCUCAAAAUAGCGCACGCCGAAAUUAGUCUCGCGUGGUUCUCGUUAAAGCGAGACGCAUCGCCAGCCAGUACAUUUCGAGGCGUCGUCGGCCGUCGAACAACGCCUUCGCACUCGAUCGUGUCCUGAAAUUAACAAUCGUUUAUCCCGUUGAAGAGAUGAGUCCGAAUCGCGACAACACGGAGACAUCAUAAGUUAACUUGAUAUCGGAAAGAUGUCGGCGGACGAAUCGGAGGCGGAAAUCGGCGGAUUUUUCCGCUCGAACCUGCUGGCGGUGCGAACGGCUAUUCGCCAAUCGGACUUCAAGAAAUUCGCCGCUCUCGAGCUGGAUGGCCAAAGGGUGGCUUUCCUCUUAAGCUACCCCGAAGCCCAUCAAUUGUCCCUUGAGGUGGAGAAACCGAUGACCAAGGACAACGAUGCUGCCGCUGAACUGAAGAACGUCGGGAACAAAUUCUUCGGCCGGGGCGAAUUCGCGAAGGCCUUGGAGACGUACUCGAACGCGGCCCUCUUCGCGCCAUCGACAGAACUAAGCGUCAUCCUGGCGAACCGCUCGGCCGCGCUGUACCACCUGGAGCGUCACGAGCACGCAUUGGAAGACAUCGAGGAGGCGUCGCGUCUCGGUUACCCAAAGGACCUCUUCUACAAGCUCGAAGAGCGACGUGCUCGGUGUCUGCUGGGCCUGAAUAAGCAUGACGAGGCGGUGGAGGCCUUCAGGCGCUCCCUCGGAGCCCUCGACGACGCCAAGGUAUCUUUGGAGCGCAAACAGAAGCUCGAGGCGGACAUCAGGAUAAUACUCGCGGUGAUGGAGAAGGGCAAGCAGCUGAACGAGACUGCGAGGGCAAGAAACGUCCAGCGAAUGAACAGCAGGCAGAAGCCGAGUGCGCGGAAGGUUGAAGGGGAGAGCCACAGCGUGUUCAUUCCCGAGAAGAAUAGAAACCCUUCGUAUCCGGCUUGCAGCAAAGCGGUGGCGAUCAUAGACGACGGCGGGGACGUGGGAAGGCACGCCGUGGCGACCAGGGAAGUAUCACCCGGCGAGAUCGUAAUCGUGGAGCGGCCGCACUGUGCCUCCCUGUUGGCGGAGAACAGGUUGACACACUGCCACCGCUGCUUCGCGAGGAUAUUCGUGCCGAUCCCGGCGAUUUGUUGCACCUGCGUCGCGUACUGCAGCCGUCGUUGCAGAGACGCUGACGCCCAGGUGCAUCCGAGAGAGUGCAGGCUGUUGCCGGUCCUGUGGAAUUCGAAGGCUUCGGUCACGUGUUUUCUCGCGUUGAAGGCGGUCACGCAGCGAUCCUUCGACGAAGUCGUGAAACUGAAAGGACGGCUGGGGGGUGCCGCGUUUAGAAUCUCCCCCGAGAACCCGUAUCUGGGGGACGACUAUGCGACGUUUUAUAAUCUAGUCACCCACGAGGACAAAAGGCUGCCCGAGGAUAUCUUCCACAGGGCUUACAUGGCGGCCUGGCUGUUCAGGCUGCUGAGAAGCAGCGAUUACUUGCCGGAACAUGUGAAAUCCGCCGAUUCGCCGACGAGCAGAUUAUCCGACGAGGAGUUGUUCAUCGCCGGCCUGCUGCUGCACAAUUUGCAAUUAUUGCAAUUUAAUUCGCACGAGAUUUCGGAACUGGUGAGACCGAAAGGGGAGACGACACUCGCCAAGGCCAAGAGUAUGUUCAUAGGCGGUGGUGUUUACCCCACAGUGGCGAUGUUGAAUCACUCGUGUAAUCCUGGUGUCGUGAGGUACUUCAUCGGCAUCACCAUGGUGAUUCGUGCUGUUCGUACGAUCAGCGCCGGCGAAGAGAUUUCGGAGAAUUACGGUCCCAUCUUCACAACCACGCCCGAGAAUGAGCGAAAGAGACGAUUGAGAGUUCAAUAUUGGUUCGACUGCAACUGCGAGGCGUGCACGGGUCAUUGGCCGCUUCUGGAGGAACUGGAUCCGACAAUAUUCAGGUUUAAAUGCGAGACCGGACCAUCCUGCGGCAACGUCUUGCCGAUUAGGAGCGACGCGAACGAAUUCGUAAUCAGAUGUACGAAGUGCGGUAAGAACACGAAUAUCUUGAAAGGCCUGAAAGCCCUGCAGGACACGGACGCGCUCUUCAAGGUGGCGUCGACGAAUCUUGAGGAGAGCCGCAAUGAGCAGGCACUGAAAGCCUACUUGGAGAUUUUGAAGCUGUUGGACGAAACGUUAGCGUUACCUAUCAGAGAUUAUCAUAUCUGCCAGCAAGGAGUCAGACUCUGCGUUCUUGCUUUAGGCAACAAGGCAUUUAUUUAAUUACAGCCGAAUCCCAGAUAUUCCCUGAGUAAUCAGUUUCCGAAAUUUCUAAAACUUCUCUAAAAAAAAUUAAAUCGAUUUACAAUCGUGCUCUUUUUGGAUGCACCUUUCCGUUGUCGUAUUUUAUCGCUGGUUCUCUUCAUAAAUAAAAUCAGUUUUUCACUGGUAACGUCUCGAGUGUACAAUGAAGAACGCCAGAAAGCUUACUCAGUGCUUUACACUAGUAUUUACGAAAUCGCGACAUAGAGGAAAUUCGGCGGUCUAGUUAUCGUUUACAAUUUAUUUGUCGUGUCUUAAUCCAUACAAAAUAAUCAUUGACAAUAUUACGCAUUUAACGAAAAUUUUGGUUGCUUCAGUUCUGCACAUCUGAUAAUAGUAACUCGAUAUUUAAAUGUUUAGUUCAAGGGAAAGUGAACGAUACCUGGUAUAUUGGUUGCUGGACUUACAUAAAACGCAUAUCCCUUAGCCUAAUCAUUUAUCUUGACGCACGCAUUGCCAGUGUGUGUAUGCAUGUGUGUGUGUGUGUGUAGACGUGUGAAGUAUAAAAGCGAGCAAUCAAUUGAGCGCUUGUGUAGAAUCGUGUGUAGAAUGCGUUAAUGUUGUCCGGUACGCUUACGCCUGAACGAUCAGAUAUCUCUUGUUCAACAAACAUACUCUGCGCAGCAAUAUUUUUUUCACGGAAACGCAUUUUUGACUUACGUAGCUAGUGCUAUGACUCGGUCCCUACCCUUUUCUUUUUUUUUUUUCUAAAAAUGCGAAAAAAAAAA